AUGUCAUUAGAAGUAGAAUGUGAUUUAAUACGAGUAAAUAAUCAGUUAUGUGACUUUUCUAAGGAUGGAAGAUAUUUUGCAAUUGCAUAUCAAACAAAUUUAUUGAUAAAAAGUACUAAAAAAUUUGACACUGUUUAUUCAUUCAUAUUUACAGACAUAAUCGAGUAUUUAGAAUGGUCUAGAAGUAGCGAAUUUAUUUUAUGUGUAAAUAUAAAGAAAGCUAUUAUUCAAGUAUAUUCUAUUCACUAUCCUAAAUGGAAAUAUAAAUUGAUUGAAGGAAGUGCUGGUUUAGAAAGUGUUAGUUGGUCUCCUGAUAGUAAAUAUAUUUUGACAUUAUCAGAUUUUAAUGUAAGUAAAUAA